AUGGAGCUACACUUCAACACCACGUUUGGGUACGCGUUGGGAUUAAGUGGUUUACUUAUCGCAAUGGCUCUACGCCCGUUUAUCCUGGGAGUUGUGCGAUUGCUAUUUCCACCAAUAUUCACAAUGAUCUGGAAGCUUCGGCCGUUUACGCGAUUGGCAAAGAGAACAUCGGACUGGGUAACGAAACACCUCAUCUAUCGAAGUUUUCUUCGCAGUAGGAGCAGUGUGGACGCCUACAGUCGGGCUCAUGCCAUGUUUUUCGCUUCGUGUUUUGCGGCAAACCUUUGCUGCAUUUUCUUCCAAGUGCAGAGCUGGUCAGAAGCGUGCUCUCGAGCAGGUACGAUGGCGAUGAUCAACAUGCUUUUGCUCUAUAUUAGCCCAUGCUUCGGCUUCGUGGCCGACAUCCUGCGCCUCCCUCUUCGAAUCUACCACCAGGUACAUGCCAGUGCGGGCUAUAUGGUGGGAAUAUUAGCCAGUUUCCACGCUGUCGGGACAGUGGUAACCAAAGGAGGCUUUGCGGUGAACAAUAUUCGCAAUCUCUUGGCUGUUCUUGCUAUGGGUGGAAUUUGCCUCCUGUUGAUGCCUAUCUCCUUCUUCGCCAGGAUAUUGCCGUACGAGAUUCUGCUGUUCAUUCACCGCACGAUGUCGCUGAUGUUGGGCUAUGCGAUAUGGCGCCACUUGCCUACUAAAGAGCUUUUCCCUCGACUUUAUCUAUAUAUUAUUGGAGGGGUCUUCUCCUUAGCUAUGGCGGUCCAAACGGGGAUCACUCUUUAUAGAAGCCGUUGCCGGUUCCACAGAGCCGACCUGUCUUGGAGUAGCAAACCUAUCAUCCAAGUACUCGUCCGUCUUCAGAGUCGAUUGAAGGUUGAGCCUGGGCAAUACAUCAACUUAUGGAUCCCUUCCAGCUUGCUCUCAACACUGCAAAUUCACCCAUUCACCGUCGCCUCUUGGUCCCCGGAUGCUGCAGAAACACUGGUCAUCUUCGCCGAAAUACGCAAAGGCUUCACUAGCAGCCUACGCCAUCAGGUGAGAUUUGGAGACUCGCAAAGUUUUGCGAUGUUUACAGGGCCUCACGGCUCAAGGCUUCCUGUUGAUAAGUAUGGCCAUGUUCUGCUGGUCGCCACAGACCUCGGUAUCGUAGCUCUUCUACCGUAUUUGCAAUGGUUAACUCACGCACACCACGCUCACCAAUUAGAAGAAGGGACCAAUAGAUUCAAGUCAUGUAGGAAUAUACACCUUAUUUGGCAUUUGUGCGACUGGGGUAAGUGGUCUGUUUUCAGCGUUGGCCCUUUCUAA